CAAAUUGCAACACGAACUGCUUAGGACCAGAUAAAUACGCAUGCGCACUGCAGGCGAGCCCUUCUGCUUUCUUCGCGCACUGCCACGUUAGUAGCGGCAGACACAAAAUAGCACAUACUCUCCUCAAAAAACCCUGCAAGGAAGAACACCUUUGAGUCAACUGCGUCUCCACUUCUCCGAUCUGUCAGCGGAAGACUCCUCGUCGACGAAAAUGCUCCGGUUAUUUCUCCUGUGCAUGCUAGCCGUAGCCAUUCCGGCUGAGAUCGCCGAGGAAGAAGACGUCCUGGUGCUGAAAAGCAGUAACUUCGACGAGGCUCUCACAGCAUACCCAAACCUCCUGGUAGAAUUCUACGCUCCAUGGUGUGGUCACUGCAAGGCACUGGCGCCAGAGUAUGCCAGGGCCGCUGGCAUGCUCAAGGAAGAGGGUUCAGAGAUCCGCCUGGGUAAGGUUGACGCCACAGAAGAGAGCGACCUGGCCCAGGAGUUUGGCGUCCGAGGAUAUCCCACCAUCAAGUUCUUUAAGGGAGGAGAUAAGGAAUCCGCCAGAGACUACUCAGCUGGAAGGCAGGCAGAUGACAUUGUGAACUGGCUGAAGAAGCGCACAGGCCCUGCUGUCACCACCCUGGUGGACGUCACUGCCACACAGUCUCUGAUUGCCGACAAUGAAGUGGUGGUCGUUGGAUUCUUUAAGGAUGUUGCAUCUGCUGGUGCCAAGGCUUUUGAAAAAGCAGCUGAAGCCGUGGAAGAUAUUCCCUUUGCCACAACUUCAGAAGAAGCAGUGUUUACCAAGUUUGAGGUGUCUCAGGACAGUGUUGUCCUCUUCAAGAAGUUCGAUGAGGGACGCAACACCUUCGACGGUGAUCUCACCAAAGACAACAUCCUGUCCUUCGUCAAGGCCAACCAACUGCCUCUGGUCAUCGAGUUCACAGAGCAGACCGCCCCGAAAAUAUUUGGUGGAGAGAUCAAGUCCCACAUUCUCAUGUUUCUGCCAAAAGCAGCCUCAGACUUCCAGGAUAAAAUGGACCAGUUUAAGAAAGCUGCAGAGUCAUUCAAGGGUCAGAUCCUGUUCAUUUUCAUCGACAGCGACGUGGACGACAACCAGCGCAUCCUGGAGUUCUUUGGCCUGAAGAAAGAGGAGUGCCCUGCCAUUCGUCUCAUCACCUUGGAGGAUGAGAUGACAAAGUACAAGCCAGAGAAUGACGCCAUCACUGCCGAAAGCAUCGUCCAAUUCUGCAUGCAGUUCCUCGAGGGCAAGCUGAAGCCUCAUCGUAUGAGCCAAGACGUCCCCGAAGACUGGGACAAAAACCCAGUCAAGGUUCUGGUCGGCAAGAACUUUGAGGAGGUGGCCUUCGAUCCCAAGAAGAACGUCUUCGUUGAAUUCUAUGCACCCUGGUGUGGCCACUGUAAGCAGCUGAAUCCCAUCUGGGAAAAGCUGGGCGAGAAGUACAAGGACAGCGCUGACAUCAUCGUGGCCAAGAUGGACUCUACAGCCAAUGAGAUUGAGGCAGUCAAAGUCCACAGCUUCCCUACCCUUAAAUUCUUCCCAGCAGGAGACGAACACACGGUGAUCGAUUACAAUGGGGAGAGAACACUGGAAGGCUUCACCAAGUUCCUGGAGAGUGGCGGUAAGGAGGGAGGCGCUCCAGCCGGGGAUGACGAUGACGAGGAUUACGAUGCUGAUGAUUUGGAUGAGGGUCAGGAUGAGGACUCUGACGGCGAGGACGACGAUGGUCAUGACGAGUUGUAAGAGGCGGUCGAGAGAAAAGGAGUCCCGCCCUGUUCCCUCUUUCCAGUCACUACACCACCUUCACUCUUUAUUGAACCCCACACCCCACAAGUUCUGAGCUGAGAACAUGAAUACGUCACUCAACUGCCUGAGUCCACCAGCCCGGCCCAGUAAUUGACCAAGGCAGCACGAGUGGCGAGGCGGCCCCCCCAACCUCAUACUCUUUGCCCAGACUGGUCUUCUGAGGUGGGGAGGGCGGCAACACGGAACUGCACGGUGACUCCUCCUGCAAGGCUUCCAUGCCAGUUAUUUGCCUUGUUUUUGUUAACGCUUCCAUUCAAGGGUCGCGUGCACUAAAGUGGUUUAGUGCCGAUGCUUUUGUAAGGAUCAACCUGGAGAGAACAAGUGGCCAUCCUGUUUGUAUUUUUCACCAGUAUGAUUCCCUCGCUGUGUAGCAACUUGCUCGUUUUCUUCCCCCUCGGUGUAGCUCAAGAUCUUCAUUUGUUACUGUCCUCACUCUUGUAAGAUGCAUUUUCUAAAAGAACGAAUGCUAACUUUCUUUUUUGAUGGGGAAAAAAAACAUGUUUUAUUUAAUUGCUUAACUAAGUAGUUUUUUAUGUUUGACCAUCGUGCCCAGUUGUAGCCGGUUGGCCUUGUUGGGGCAGAGUUGGCACUUACACACUCAGGCCAUGGAUGUUUGGUUUUGGGGGGUUUUGAGCAGGUUCUGCUAACUGUUCAUGCCUCAGUAAAGAGAUUGUUAUGGUUACUCUAGCAGUGCAGAUGUAAUGUUGCUUUGAGAGAAGUGUUUGUUAAUCUGAUUGCUCCUCGCCCAUGUUGUACACUCUUGGCUCCAUCUCCACACCACUUGCCACUGAAGGGGAAUGGAUAGUUGGGAUCAUGGUGUGUGAGCAUUGCUAUGCUGUGAUAGGUGGUGGCCCGUGUAGAGAUAAGAGAUGACAUUUGACAUCUGUACAGCGGUGAGGGAUACUUAAAGCAUUCCAUCAUAUCCAGAUUGGGGGAAAAUGUGAAAUGGUGG